AUGACGGUCACCAUUGCCCCUGAGGCAGCAUGUAACGGCCAGGCAGAGUCUCAGGCUGUGAUCGGACGAGUUGGAGAGAGCACGGUCCUGGGCUGCAACCUUCUGGACGCUCAAGAGGCCCGUCCCCCUCUCUACGUGAUCGAGUGGGUCCGCUUUGGGUUUGUUCUGCCCAUCUUCAUCAAGUUCGGGCUCUACUCGCCGCGUGUGGACCCAGAGUACAUAGGUCGCGUGCGGAUUGAGGAAGGUGCCUCACUGCGCAUCGACCUCCUGCGCGCUGAGGACCAAGGCUGGUACGAGUGCCGCGUGCUCUUCCUGGACCGGCACAGCUCUGACGACGACUUCCAGAACGGCACCUGGAUCCAUCUCACCGUCAACGCACCCCCCACCUUCCUGGAAACCCCCCCUGCAUUCGUCGAAGUGCGGGACCGGGACAGGCUGAGCCUUACCUGCACGGCUAUCGGCAACCCCCAGCCCAUUGUCACCUGGAAGAGGAGCGACCUGGCUGUCCAGAGCGGGGACACAGUGCAGGUAAGGAACGGGACGCUGAGCAUUGCCAUCGUGGAGCGGGCCAGCGCAGGCACAUACACCUGCCAUGCUUCCAGCAAGGAAGGCACCAUCACCCACACCACCCGUGUGCUCGUGCAGGGGCCACCCAUCAUCGUGGUACCACCUCAGAACAUCACCGUCAACAUCUCUCAAGAUGCCUUCCUGGCAUGCCAGGCCGAGGCCUAUCCCGGCAACCUCACCUACACAUGGUUACAGGGCAACAGCAACGUCUUCCAUCUCAGCCACCUCCAGGCUCGAGUCCGCGUCCUGGUGGACGGGAGUCUCUUACUCCAGAGAACAACCCCAAACGACGCUGGCAAAUACACCUGCAUCCCUAGCAAUGGGCUGUGGAAGCCACCUUCUGCCUCGGCCUUCGUCACAGUGCUGUAUCCAGCGGAGGUGACCACUAUGCUCCCAGAGACCCACCUGCCCAAGGGGAUGCAGGGUGUGAUCCGGUGCCCUGCCAGGGCCAACCCUCCUCUGCUCUCUGUCAGCUGGACUAGAGACGGGCGCCCGCUGGAGCUAAACAAGUUCCCUGGCUGGUCCAUGAGAUCCGACGGCUCCAUCAUCAUCGCAACGGGGAAUGAUGAUGCACUGGGAGUGUACACGUGUACCCCAUACAACAGCUACGGCACAGCUGGCGAGUCUCGGCCCACGCGCGUGCUGCUCAAGGACCCUCCUGCCUUCACGGUGCGCCCCAAGGAGGAAUACUUCCAGGAGGUGGGCCGGGAGCUGGUGAUCCCCUGCGUGGCCCGUGGGGAUCCCCCACCCACUGUCACGUGGGUGAAGCUGGGCAGUGCGGGGAAGAACGGCGCCCAGGUGGAUGCAAACAGCAGCCUCGUCUUCCGUCCGCUCGUCAAGGAGCAGCAUGGGAUCUGGGAGUGCAUGGCCAGCAACCAGGUGGCCCACAUCAGCACCACCACCUCUGUCCACGUGCUGGGUACCAGUCCUCAUGCCGUCACCAAUGUCUCUGUGCUCCCGCUCCUGCUGGCAGCCAACAUCUCCUGGGAGCCUGGCUUUGACGGAGGUUAUUUCCAGAGGUUCAGCGUCUGGUACACACCACUGGUGAAGCAUCUGCCUCGGGCCCAUCAUGACUGGGUGUCACUGUCAGUGCCAGUUGGAGCUCAACACCUCUUGGUGGAGAAUCUCCAGCCAGACGUGAGCUACCAGUUCAGCGUCCUGGCCCAGAACAAGCUGGGCAGUGGCCCCUUCAGCCAGAUCGUCACCUCCGUGCCCAGGGGCUUCUCGCUGACCACGGUGCCUCCAGAGCCGCCUGCCAUGACCAUGCGCAUCUUCCUGUCCCCGCCGCAGGCUCUGACUGCCAACGAGACUGCACGUGGGGUCCUGCUGCAGUGGGAGCCCCCGGGUCAGUUCUCAGUGGCGCUGAGUGGCUACGCAUUGGAGCUGCGGCAGGACAAGGGUGGCUGGGAGGUGUUAGACCGUUCCAUCCCCAGCACGAAGACCCAGGUGUUGGUGCCAGGACUCAUCAAGGACGCCUUCUAUGAGUUUCGACUGGUGGCCUUUGCUGGCAGCUACAUCAGUGAUCCUAGUAACACGGUGAACGUCUCCACAGCAGGCAUGGAGGUGUAUCCGUCUCGCACCCAGCUCCCGGAGCUGCUGCCACAGCCAGUGCUUGCUGGGGUCAUCGGGGGGAUCUGCUUCCUCAGCGUGGCUGUGAUCUUCAGCACCGUGGCAGCCUGCAUCAUGAACCGCCGGCGUGCUGCGCGCAUUCAGAAGCGAAGGCAAGAUCCACCACUCGUCUUCUCCCCCAGCAAGAAGCUUCCACCUCCACACAAUUCUCAUGGCUCUGGUAGCCCAGAUAGUACCAUGAAGUUGAAGCUGCAGGCAUCUCCAUACCAGAGCCUGCGCCGGACGCUGCUGUGGGGCGAGAAGGCAGGCACCAGCCUGGGCCUCAGCAUCGCUGGGGCCAGCUCCAGGUACGCGGUGUAUGAGAGCCACGUCGGGGAGCAUGCGCCCCUGGAGCGGAUCUGCCGGGGCCCUGACGGGCGCUUUGUGGUGGAGACUGACAGGCGGUCACAGGAGGGCAGCUUUGAGGCGCUGCCCUACACAGAGACGGAGCUGUACCCUCAGCGGGACCCCUCGCCUGUGCCUCCCUUGAUGCAGCAGCCCGAGCCCUACCUCCAGGUCCAUUCGGAGGAGAAAGAGCCCAUCUGGCGGAAGGGGGUCUCGCUGCGACCCCGGGCCUCAGGGCAGGCCCACCAGGGAUCCAGGGCCUCUAGCUACCGCCAGGGCCGCUACUUUGGCUAUGGCAGCAGCAGGCCCGACGAGGCCGCGGCCUUUUGCAUCAUCGACCUGAGCCCCGUGGCCUCUGCAGCGACCCUGCCUUACAGUGCCGUGGAGCAGCUGCGAGACAGCACAGGCAGCGCCGCGCCCGGCGAAAGCCCAGCCAGUGCACUGUGGGACUCGCUGCCCCUCCAGGGCUCCCCCUUGCUGCAGCUUGCCCCCCCGGACAGCUCCAGCAUCCAGAGGAGCCAGCAAAAAGGCGGCUCGCUAGCACAGAGCGGGAUCCUCCAGUACCUGAGCCUGCCCUUCUUCAAGGAGAUGUGCGUCGAUGGCGACUGGCCACCCCAGGAGGAGCCAAGCGAGCCAAGGCAGCCCCCUUGUGAGCCAGAGCCUCCAGGCAGCCUGGAGACCACCCUGCUGGGGGCCAAAGGCUCCCCAGAGAGCACAGAGCGGACAGUCUGUCCGGACUACAUGGACCCAUGUGCCAACGCCACAUCGCCUCCAGCCACGGCUUUCCUCAAACCCCCCAAGUUGCAGGUGGGCCCUGCAAAGGCCUCGCGGCCCACCACCGCCACCUGGACCAGCUCCCCGAGCCCCCUCCUGGCCCCAGAGCCGAUCUGUUGGACGCAGGCAUCCCCCACCGGCAGCAGGACUGAGGCUGUGCCCUCGGCCAUCCCCGCAGAGCCCAGCUGGGCUCUGAGCCUGGCAGGGCAGCCCGAGACAUGCAGGCAGCAGGAGCCUGCUGCCCUGGAGAAGCUGCCACGGGGCAGUUUAACCAGCCAGAGCAGCGGCCGGGGCAGCGCGUCCUUCCUGCGACCCCCUUCGCUGGCACCAUCCCUCGGGGGCAACUUUCUCAGCACCCUGCUCGGGGAAGGGAGCAGCUGGCAAAGUGGAGGCUCUACGGCAGAGGAGGGCAAGCUGAGGAAGGAUCCAGGCCUCACCAAUGCAGGCAAGAGGAGGAACACAUCCGUGGAUGAGAACUAUGAGUGGGACUCGGAGUUUGCGCUGGAGUCAGACAUCCUGGAUGCUCUGCAGCUGUACCGCAGCGGGGACCCUUCGCGGCCUGUCUCCACCAUUGCCGUGCGUGACCUGGAGAGGCAGAAGCCUCGAGGGCCGGGCGCGUCGCCCGUGAACUCCAAGUCGGCGGACGCGCUGGAGGCGGCGGGGGGCCCGGA